UUUUGCCCUUCCACAGCUAAAACGACUUUCAAAGGUCUUCGCUUCUUCCUUCCUUCCAUCUCCUUUCUCUCUAGCCAUUUUGUUCUGAUCUUUCCAUAUCCAUCUCCAGUCUUAUGCAGGCAAAAAGAGACCGAUAGAGAAUUCUGAACAUUAAAAAUAUAAAAAAAGAUGACAUCAAGUUCAGAAUAUUAUAUAUUUGGGCCUCACAAAAUACAUCGAGAGUUAAUAUUCUAUACCACCAAUCUUUCAUAUGUUAUGGUCAACCUUCGACCUGUUUGUCCUGGUCAUGUAUUAGUGAUCCCAAAGCGGGAGGUUAAGCGCUUUGUGGAUCUAAAUCCUCAAGAGAUAUGCGAUCUAUGGCUCACAGCUCAACUAAUUGGUGCUAAAUUGGAGCUAUUCCACAAAGCUUCUUCCCUCACCUUCAACCUUCAAGAUGGGCCUGAAGCAGGGCAAACUGUACCACAUGUUCACAUCCAUAUUAUCCCAAGAAAAGAGGGUGAUUUUAAGAGAAAUGAUGAUAUCUACGAUGCGGUGAAUGAAAAUGAUAGAGCAUUACAUCAACAUAUUGAUUUGGAUGAAAAGAGGCCGGACAGAGGCUUUGAGGAGAUGAAACAAGAAGCAGAUGAAUACACAAAGCUUUUCUUCUAGUUGCAAUAGUUUAUGUUUAGGUUGCGAGUUUCUUCGAGGUUGAAAAUAAAUAUCUAAGAGUUUAACGUUGGGUCAAUAUUGAUACAUCAAAUUUAUGGAUAUAUUAUGGAUGACUGUUCAAUAAAAUAUUGAUAUCGACGGAGAUUUCUUAAAUCAAAAAAUUUAUAACACUAUUUAAAUCAA